AAGUGACUUUUAAAUUAUAUUUUGGUACAAUAGUAAAGCGUCGGACUCUGUGGGGGGGAAACAACGUUCACACUUAAAAGAAAAACAGAAACACAGAAAAAAACGCUGGUGUGGAUUUGGAAACAAUACCAAGAAUUAUGAGAAAGAAGCACGUUUGAAAUUUAGUAAUGGACGAUAUGACGCCAUUGGUUGACCCUUCAGAGGACGCAUGGCAAGGUGAAAACCUGCACCAUAGAAAUUGAAGUCGCCAGAGGAAAAGAAAGCAUACCUUCAAGACAAUUUCAGACCACACACAAUCGUGCGAGAAGGUGGAAGAGCAGGGACUGGUCUUCAGUCAAGAAGUCUCAUGUUUAAGUAUACUAAUGUGACCCAGAAACAAGGCUUUGCCAGCCACCUUCCAUGAGAUCGGCCUCGUCACGGCGUUUGAGGAGGAGACGAAAACCAAGAGAUCUCAGAAAAGUCUGCUGCGCUUUGUGUGGUGUCGUUAAGUACACCCCACCUGUGAGAAGGAAGCUGGCCCGCCGCAGGGUGCCCAAAGUAAGCAGCGUCUGUCUGAAGGAGCAGGACGACCAGCUGUCCGCUAAAUCUGAGUACAAGCACGGAAAACUGGUGAUCUGGUUGAGUAGGUAUCCUAAGGUGAAUCUGUGUGACAUAGGGCGAGUGUUUGAGGUUUCACAUCACUUUUCCUGCUAUCUCCCUCCGGCCCUUUUCCCCGUCAGGCAGAGGAGCGGUGUGCACUGCUUCAAGAGGCAAAUCUUAGCGCUCAUGUGCCAGGAGCUCCUUGAAGAUGGGAACGUCAGAACAAGCAGUUUCUGCCAAUCGGAGCACGGCCCUCUCAGCUCGUCCACUUGUGGCACAGGGUCUUCCUUUCCAGCAGCAGUUGAAGCUGAGCCGACCACCAAAUGGCAGGCCAAGAAAUCAAACAAUAACAAACGGCAGGAUGAUAUUUCAAGAAAAAGAAAGAGACAAAUUGCAGAUGAGUUAUUUAACGUUACUACUGAUGACAAAGACAAUUUGUUUGUACCAUCUGAGGUCAAUACCUGCCAGAGGACACAGGUAUUUGUGAGGAGAAAUCGUUACCUAUGCUCACGCACGUACAUAACCUGGCCAUUUCACCGGAACGAUCCACCACCCUUUGUGAUGUCACCACGGUGGAGCUCAGCUGGAGAUGCCUCUGAAUCUCUAGGGAAACUUCACGUGAGCUGCUCUCAGGAAUCAAGGCAAAAUGGAGAGGUCCCUGAGAGUAUGACUAAAAGGGAAGUGGGAAGUGAGCAAGUUGUUUUCCCAUCUCUGAAGGAAGAGAGUGAGGUGGUACCAUCAGCUACCCGGGGCAAGCCCCUAACCUGCAAGCCUCUAAUAUUUCACCAAACUUACCAUGACGUCGCCCUGUCUGGAUCAGCGAGUGGGAGUGAAGUGUCAGAAAGCGCACACACUCUGUGGCUCAAAAGGAUCCCCAACAAGCCCAUACCAACAGAGCUAGAAACUCUGUCUUCAGCUCCGGGACAUGGCCAGGGUCCUCCCCAUGGUCAGUCGUGGAGGAGUGGUGGAAGAGCGGCUUUUGACACUCAGUCCACCACCUCCAGUGAGGAUGACCUUUCUACAGAAAAGUGCCAGAGAGACAAGGACAGUGAAGAUGACGAAGAGGUUGAUGACGUUGAUGAAGACAUUUUUGACAGUGGUGAAGUAAUGUGCGAGAGGCCGGAUCCCUUGUGUUCACCAAGCCAUUCUCCUUCUGCUGGUGCCUCUGACAACACCACGAAUGAUCUCCAAGUACAUGAGCAGGAUGCAAUCGUGUUGGAUGUGAUAGAUGAUGACCCAGAUCUCUAUGGGUCCAUGACUGAGAGAAGGGACAAACCAGUCCAGACACGGACUAUAGAAAACUCCUCUAAGCCAGCCAACUGCACCAAAAAAACGAUACUCUCUGACACCGAAAGAUGUUUAAAAGAGCCAACUGACAAGGCAGAGGUGAAGAAAACUAAUCUUCAGUGUGGGGAGAAGGCCCUGGAUUGCACCCCUAAUAACCAGAUGACAAGAAGGGUGCCAUUUUUACCUAGCAGCAGUUGGACUCAGGUUGGGGACAUGUUUGUUUUGCUGGAGGAGAAUGGGACUGAUGGUGAUGGUAACGGCAAGGAUUGGAACUCAGGCUGGAACACAGGGAGGAAUCUGCCCUCAAACCCGAAACAGAACACAUGCAACACAGACAACUUCACACUUUUGAAGAAUGGAGGCCCAUCUAGACCUGCAUUCUAUGACACUUACUGUAAGUAUUACUUCAGUGAGAAUCACCCCUGUUUGAGGAAGAACUGCAGUUUUCUGCACGUGCCCAGAAGUGGGGAUGAAAAGUUCUGCAUGGUCACGGUGCAGAGGUUUACACAGUCUAACAACCCGGUGCAUGUCAAACGUGCUGUCGACCUGUUUGCAGGCUACUAUGAGAUGUGUUCCCCUGGCGUGUGUUUCAAUGUUCAGGUGGUGACUGGACUGCUGGCGGCGCUCCUCAGACUGUCCUUCCUCUCUGAAACCCUCCAUGUCCUCAACCUGCUGCUCAAACACAAUAUACGGCCCCCAUCUGACUGUGUGUUAGCUGUUUUCGAGCAUGCUUGCGACAGGAUGCUCCAUAAUACGGUUCCCCAGCUCGUAUUCAUGAUUUCCAAGGUGGUUGAGGCCGGCUGUGUGUUCUCUUUGGAUCAGUGUGAGAGGUUGCAGAAGUGUCUGGUGUUUUUGAACGCCCCCAAAACACAGAUGGACCUUUUCGUCGCUGUCAAAUGCAGGGCGCUGGCUAACAUCUGUGAAAAUCCCUCUGAGGUGGUUAACAUAGCACAUGCCUUUAUCGAUCUAGAGCUGUAUAAGAAGCAGGAGGACUGGAGACAGAUGGCCGCUGUGUUCCUGCAUAUGUGUGCCAGUCCCUGCACCCCCAGCCACCUGCUGAAGAUCUGUGUGUGUGUGGCCAGCGCACUGCUGGGGGAGCCUUCUCAGUCACACACACUCCCCUACAGCUGCUUCGCUGAAGCAGUGUCCAGUCAGGUAUCAGAUGAAGGAGUGGCCCGAACCUUUUUGGGCAGGAUUGGAAUCUCCAUGCUGAACCACUAUUACAAGAAACAGCAAUGGAGCAAGGGACAGAAGAUUGUAGAGAUACUGUCUGAGCAACAGUCAUGUUACUCUGUGAUGAAGGGGGUUUUUGGUGGUGAGGAGGACACCUCACGUUGCUGCCUCAUCACCAUGGCAACAGAACUUCACCUGCACACUGGGAGUGUGGAGGGAGCCCUGAAUGUCCUUAGAGACAACAAUUGGUUUGUGAGCUGCAGCAGGUGGCCUUGCGAGCGUGCGGAUGUGGCGCAUCGUGUGUCUGUCCAGACGCGGCUGGCCCAGUGCACCUCUCACAGGGAUGCGCUGGAGCUCCUCACACACCUUCCUGGGCUCCAGCCACCAGUUGAUUCUGCCGAGGUGCGUGAAUACACGGGCCUGUUCAACUCCCUUCUGAGGUCGUGCUUGAAACGGCAUGCUUUACUGGUUGCUGCGGAUACGCUGGAGGUCAUGCUGGGCAGUGGGCUGCCUGCAGAGCUGGUGCUGGUCCAGAGUCUCAUCUGUGACCUCGGCAAGCGGAACCAUUGGAACCGCGCUCGAGUACUUUUCCAACGUGCCCAUGAACAGGGUUAUUACCCCCUGGUGGAGGUGGUGCUUGGCUCCCUGGUGCUGGAGUUGCCCAGCUCCCUGAAUGAGGUGGAGAUGGCCGUGUGUCUCGAGAUGUUCAUCAGCCGCAACAUGCCCGACUCGACCCAGACCCCAGACAUCAGUCAAGCUCCAGUGGUUCUCCUGAAGAGGGCUUCAGAAAAUGGUGCGGUCCUUGAGAGUGAGUAUUUGUCGGCCGGCUGUCGCCUGCUCUCGUCGGCCCAGCUCCCCAACCCCAAACUGCGACUGAGCUACACCGUGGCCAAUCCAAAGCAAGAGCAGGUGUACACCAUCGAGCCUGGCUCCGCCCACAACUGGCUCCUCUGCAAUCAUAGUUGGGCCCAUAAGCUGUGGUCGGUGUGAGCGCGCAGUCAGACAUGCAUGUACAUACUUCACACAACAUCAUGCACUUCAAGGUGACAUGCUCAAAUGUAUAUAAUUGGUGUUUCUUUUGUUAUUGUAAGAGCAAUUUUUGUUUUAGCUUGCUGUUUUUUAAUUGCUUUUAUUGUUUUACUGAGAUUAAGUUGUAUUGUUUAUUAACUGCUGUUCUUGAGUUAUAUCUUUAUAAUAUUUCAUUUUAUUUUGCAGAGUCUGUUAAUAAUUAUUAUAACAAUGGUUAUCUUUGUUUAUUAUCCAGUUGUAUCAAUGUUUGUUUUUUUUUACACCAAAAGUUAUUAAGAUGCCAGCCAAAAUCCUGGAGGUGAAGAUAUGUUAAGAGCACCAGAAUCUGGUCCAAUCAGC